AUGUCUGCACUAUUCAACCAACGCACUCUUCUUCGAUCAUUCACCCGACUUUCAAAAGUUUCACUGGAAACAAAAAGAACUUUCCGUCUCUCAGCUAUCGCAAUGGAACAGAAAUACAAGGAAGGCCAGAAGGUUGAAUACCAUCCUAUCGGUGGACCCCAUGGAACUUCUACCAGUACCGGAAAGAUCGUACGAGUCCUCACUCACCCAGAUGCCGCUGGCUCUACCGGAAACACCGUGAAGGCAUCCGAGUCAGAUCCCCGUUACGAGAUUCAAAACGACAACACGGGAAAAACCUCGGCGGUGAAGGAGAAUAACAUUGAGCGGGUGCUUUAA